GGUGACGUCGUCCCGGUCCGCCAGCAAGGGUUGCAAGGACCCCCUCCUCUCUGCGGACGAGCAGUGGUUGUUAUUUCUCCAUAGAUUACACCUUCUAACUCAAACUCUAACAUUAAAACAUUAAAACAUUGAAUCAUGUACUACCGCCUCAACGGAGUGACGCAGCGGCUGACCGGAGCCCCCACCUCCGCCUACGUCCCGCAGGGCCUGAAGCCCGGGCUGCCCGCCGAGCCGUCGCCGUUGAUCUUCGCGUCGCCGACUAAGCUCGUCUCCGAGGCGGCUAGUCAAGCCGAGUACCUGGGCGCCAACAGGGUCCCCGCCCUCCAGAAAAUGUUCCAGAAGGCUGAUGGCAUCCCAGUCCACCUGAAGAGAGGGGUGAUGGACAAGAUGCUGUACCGGACCACCAUGGGUCUGACCAUCGGGGGGGCUCUCUACUGCGUCAUGGCACUCUACAUCGCCGCGCAGCCCAGGAAGUGACCUGUCCACUCACAGCGAGGGCGGCUACCUCACCUCCUCACGCACUGACCAUCGUCACGGAAACGCUUGCUAUUUAUUCACUCGCUUGUUGUCGUCCUCCGUCUCCGCUUCUGAUUCUAACCUGCAGGGGGGGGGGGCUGGUCCAGGGUCAGGCCGGGGGGAGGCGGGGGUCUGAACCCCCUCAGCGGUCCUGUGUCCGCUGGCUACGCUGAUCCAGAAGAUUAAUUUGCCAACAGAGUUCUAUGUUCGUACGUCCUUUACAACAACCAUUGUCAUUCCUCUGAGAACAAUAAAGUUUAUUUUGUGAA